UAUGCAACGAUUCUAAGUUCACGUCCUACAAAAUAUCCGAACAUUUUUGACGUUUUCUUCUGAUUCGAAAAGGUGUUUUUGAUCGGUCAUAAAACAGCAAAUUUCAAGCUCCUCAAACGCGAAAAUGGCUAGUUUUACCAAAAAGUUGCUGCCAGCUCUAUCGAGAAGCGUUCAAUUGUUAAGACUCACCGCCGUUCAACAACAAAGAUGUUUCCAUGGAAGUCGACUAGCAGUGACCCUUCCAUCAAUGUUACACAACAUCCAAGAAAAUCGCUGGCAACAACAACCGUCCCGAUACUAUUCAGCGAAACAACCACUGACAUUGAAAUUGAUUGAAGAGAGAGUUCUGUUGGUGCUGAAUCUGUAUGAUAAGGUCGCACCCGAGAAGCUUAAAUUAGACUCCCACUUCAUCAACGACUUGGGCUUGGAUUCCCUUGAUCACGUAGAAGUUAUUAUGGCUAUGGAAGAUGAGUUUGGUUUCGAAAUUCCCGAUCAGGAUGCGGAAAAGCUGUUCCGACCUACCGAUAUCAUAAAAUACGUUGCCGAUAAAGAGGACAUUUACGAAUAAUUUCUGUGGUUUAGUCAUCUCGAGUAGAAAUUUAAAAAUUGCUAAAAUGCCGGCAAUGUCAGAAUGGAAAUAAAUCAAUUUGCUGGGAAUCAA